UAACUGUGAGGCCGGGCGGAGUUAAGACACAGCUGCCGGGGCUGUGAACCCUUUCAGCAGCACUUUACUGAGUAACAGGCCUCGCUUCUCUCCUCCGGUUCCUUACUUCGACCCCAAACCACGAAUACGAUGUUUGAAUUUAUAUUUAUUUCGAAAGAAAGCUCCUGAGAGAAACAACCGAGCUGCUCAGCGAAGUUCCGGACCCUCGCGAAUGCGCGUGGACCAGGACAGUAGGCAGUCAUGGUGCAGGAAUACCAAUCCCCUGUUAGGGUCUACAAAAACCCAUUCGAGCUCAUCAUGGCGGCGUACGUCCGGCGCUUCCCCAAGUGCCCGCUGAUCCCGGUGUUCCUGGACAGCGAGGUGAUGAGUGAGACCCACAGCCCGGAUGGGGCGGUGACGGUGACGGAGAGGCGCUGCAUGGUGGACGUGGAGGCCCCCCGGCUCCUCAAGCGGAUGGCGGGCGUGGACUACCUGUACUUCAUCCAGAGGAACACUCUGAACCGCCGGGAGAGGACUCUGCACAUCGAGGUCCACAACGAGACCUUCUCCAGCCGCGUGUUCGUCAGGGAGCUCUGCAACUACACGGUCCACCCAGAGAACGAGGAGUGGACAUGCUUCGAGCAGACGGCCAGUCUGGACAUCAAGUCGUUCUUCGGCUUCGAGAACUCUUCAGAGAAGAUCGCAAUGAAGCAGUACGCCAGCAGCAUCAAGAAGGGUAAGGAGAUCAUCGAGUACUACCUCAGGGAGCUGGAGCAGGAGGGGGUCACCCACGUGCCUCGCUGGACCCCAUCGCUCGCCCCCAAAGCAGCCCCCCUCGGGCGCCUGACUGCGCCCCCGCUCAGCUCCAUCACCGCCAACACCACCUCCUCCUCCUCCGCCGCCACCGCCAACAGCACCGCCCCCUGGCCCAUCUCUGUCCCCGGACCCAAGACCGGGGCGUCCUCCAGCCCCCCCGAAGUACCCCCCUCCGCACCAGAAGACAAACUGGACGCCGACUACAUCCGGCGUUACCUUGGCGACCUCACUCCCCUGCAGGAGAGCUGUCUGAUUCGUCUGCGCCAGGGGCUGCAGGAAACCCACAAAGGAAAAAUCCCCAAGGACCAGCACGUGCUGCGGUUCCUGCGCUCCCGGGACUUCGGCCUGGAGAAGGCCCGCGAGAUGCUGUGCCAGUCGCUGACCUGGAGGAAGCAGCACCAGGUGGACUUCCUGCUGGACUCCUGGGAGCGGCCCGGCCUGCUGGCGGACUACUACACCGGGGGCUGGCACCACCACGACAGAGACGGCCGCCCUCUGUACAUCCUGCGCCUGGGUCAGAUGGACACCAAGGGCCUGGUGCGGGCGCUGGGGGAGGAGGGCCUGCUGAGACAGGUCCUGUCCAUCAACGAGGAGGGUCUGCGCCGCUGUGAGGAGAACACCAGGGUGUUCGGUCGACCCAUCAGCUGCUGGACGUGCCUGGUGGACCUGGAGGGGCUGAACAUGCGCCACCUGUGGCGGCCGGGGGUGAAGGCCCUGCUGAGGAUCAUCGAGGUGGUGGAGGCCAACUACCCCGAGACCCUGGGCCGCCUGCUCAUCCUGAGGGCCCCCCGGGUGUUCCCCGUGCUCUGGACCCUGGUGAGUCCCUUCAUCGACGAGAACACCCGUAAGAAGUUCCUGGUGUACGCGGGGAACGACUACCAGGGCCCGGGAGGGCUUCUGGACUACAUCGACAAGACCAUCCUGCCUGACUUCCUGGGCGGCUCCUGCAUGUGCGAGCUGCCAGAAGGAGGCGUGGUCCCCAAGAGCCUAUACCGCACGGCGGAGCAGCUGGAGAGUGAGGAGAACCGGCUGUGGGCCGACGCCAUCUACAAGAGCGCCAGCGUCUUCAAGGGAGCUCCCUACGAGCUGCUCAUCGACAUCGCUGAGGUGUCCUCGGUCAUCACCUGGGACUUUGACGUGUGUAAGGGCGACGUGGUGUUCAACAUCUUCCACUCCAAGCGGGCGCCCAGCCCCCCUAGGAAGGAGGCGCCAGGCGCCACCCCCUUGGUGGGCGGGGCCAACCUGCCGCUGAUUGACAGGAACUGGACGCUGGGCCAGGACUACAGCAAGGUGGAGACGGCGCUGGCCUGCCGCGAGGGCGAGAGCGUCCAGGGCUCCCACAUCACCCGCUGGCCCGGCUUCUAUAUCCUGCAGUGGCGGUUCCAGGGCGCUCCGGCCUGCGCGGCCUCCAGCCUGCCCAGGGUGGACGACGUGCUGGCCUCGCUGCAGGUCUCCUCCCACAAGUGCAAGGUCAUCUACUACACGGAGGUGCUGGCCUCGCAGGACUUCAGGGGGUCCAUGACCAGUCUGGAGUCCAGCCACAGUGGCUUCUCCCAGCUCAGCGCGGCCACCACCGCCUCCAGCCAAUCACACACCAGCUCAGGCAUAUCCAGGUAGCAUCUGACCUAUGGGAAGAGAGCACCGUGAGGACGUGGACUCCUAUUGGCUUGUACUGUGGACUUAACGAACACUUUUAGAAUAACAAAAUACUUAACACUUGACGAUGGUUUCACGAAUUAUGAUAUUCAGCAUUUAGUAUUAUUGUUAAUAUAAAUAAUAUGAAUAUAUAUAUAUAUUUAUAUCCGAGUAGCAUAUUGUUGACUUGAGGGUUCCUGUAUUAUCACAAUCCUUUAAUAAACUUCUUCUUUGGCAAGCAA